AUGGCGCGCCCAUUCAUUUACACAUACUUUCUAACGUUUAUGGCGAUAUCGUCAGCACAGGAUAACUUCCAUACACAUAGGACAUCACAAAAACUAGCUUCCUGUUAUAGAAAUGAUGGACAACCCCAAAGAUGUAUACCGGAAUUUGAGAAUGCCGCUUUCAUGGUACAAAUGGAGACGACAAACACAUGUGGGGACAACGGAGGAAAGAUGUAUUGCAUCCAAACCUCGGCUGGAACAUCUAUGCGUUCCUGUGAUUUCUGUCAGCCGGGACAAUUUUCAAGUUAUUAUUUAACUGAUCUCCAUUACGAACAAGACAAUCAGACGUGGUGGCAGUCAGAAACGAUGAAGGAAGGAAUACAGUAUCCAAAUCAAGUCAAUUUAACGUUACAUUUAGGGAAGGCAUAUGAUAUCACCUAUGUACGUAUCGUUUUCUACUCUCCAAGACCACAAAGUUUUGCAAUUUAUAAAAAGGCCAGCGAAGAUUCAGAAUGGGAACCCUAUCAGUAUUUUAGUGCUUCAUGUCGUGAUACAUAUGGUGUAUUGGAACAGCGCGCUGCGGAAAUAGGAGCCGAGACGAAAGCACUUUGCACUAGCGAGUAUUCAGAUAUUUCACCAUUGUCUGGAGGAAACGUUUUAUUUUCUACUCUCGAAGGCAGACCUUCGGCCUAUACUUUUGAUAGCAGUCCUGAGUUACAGGAAUGGGUUACUGCUACUGACUUGCGUAUUUCCCUUGAUCGCCUUAACACCUUCGGUGACGAGAUAUUCGGAGACGUACAAGUAUUGCAAUCUUAUUGGUAUGCCAUUGCUGACGUAGCUGUCGGCGCUCGAUGCAAGUGUAAUGGCCAUGCUUCUGUUUGUGAAAACCAGGAAAUGCCUGAUGGUUCUCGAGUUAGAUAUUGCAGAUGCGAGCAUAAUACAGCAGGCAAGGAAUGUGAAAGAUGUUUAGAUUUUUACAAUGAUGCUCCAUGGGGUCGCGCUUCACCAACUAAUGUACAUGAAUGCAAGGCAUGUAAUUGCAACGGGUUCUCCAAUAAGUGUUACUUUGAUAAGGAUCUUUAUGAGACUACGGGGCAUGGAGGACAUUGUAUUGACUGUUCUGAAAAUCGAGACGGUCCUAACUGCGAACGCUGUAAGGAGAAUUACUUCCAGAGUAUGCAGGACAUCUGCAUGCCUUGUAAUUGUAAUCCCACAGGGUCGAGAAGUCUACAGUGUAAUGCCGAGGGAAAAUGUCAAUGCAAACCAGGUGUGACAGGUGAUAAGUGCGACGUUUGUGCUGCUAAUCAUUAUGAAUUUACAAACCAGGGAUGCAAACCCUGUGGUUGUAAUGAGUCCGGAUCUUUUGAUAACACUCCACAGUGCGAUCCUAUUACUGGACGCUGCUUCUGCAAACAAAAUGUGGAAGGCAAACAAUGUAGAGAGUGCAAGCCUGGUUUCUUUAACUUAGACUUGGAAAAUGAAUUUGGAUGUACACCAUGCUUCUGUUUCGGUCAUUCUUCCCAAUGUACUUCAGCGCCCAAGUACCAAGCCCACGAGCUGAGUGCACAUUUCAUAAGAGAUGCUGAAAAAUGGAGUGCUGAAGACAGCAAUCACAAGCCAGCUACGCUUCAAUUUAAUGCGAAUACCCAAAAUAUCGCUGUUUCUUCAAAGGAUACCGAAGUUGUGUACUUCCUCGCUUCAAACCAAUUCCUUGGAGAUCAACGGCAGUCUUAUAAUCACGAUUUGAAAUUUAACCUACGUCUGGGAGAAAAACGAGGAUACCCUUCCUCUCAAGACAUUAUUCUUGAAGGUUCCCGCACUUCAAUAUCGAUGAAUAUAUACGGUCAAAAUAAUCCAGAGCCUACUGAUCAGGGCCAAGAAUACUCAUUCAGACUUCACGAGGAUCCUCGGUAUGGGUGGACCCCCACACUUUCAAACUUUGAGUUUAUAUCUAUUCUUCAAAACUUAACGGCCAUUAAAAUAAGAGGAACUUACAACAAAGGUGGACAGGGAUACUUGAUGAAUUUCAAAUUAGAUACGGCCAAGAUAGGUAGAGAAAAAGGAUCAGCACCGGCAAACUGGGUUGAAAAGUGUUCUUGUCCAAAAGCGUACGUUGGUGAUUAUUGCGAAGAAUGUGCACCAGGUUUUAAACAUGAACCAGCAAAUGGAGGUCCUUACUCGACUUGUAUUCCCUGCGAUUGUAAUGGCCAUGCACAUAUAUGUGAUACAGCUACCGGAUUUUGUAUUUGCAAGCAUAACACAACUGGCAGCAAUUGUGAGUUGUGUGCAAAAGGAUUCUAUGGAAAUGCUAUAGCUGGAACACCUGACGACUGCAAGCCAUGUCCCUGUCCUAAAGACAGCGGUUGUAUACAACUAAUGGAUCAAAGUAUUGUUUGUACAGACUGUCCUUCUGGAUAUGCAGGACCAAGAUGUGAGGUAUGUGCAGACGGCCAUUUUGGUGAUCCUACCGGUCAAUUUGGAAAUUCUCACGAAUGUGUAGAGUGCCAAUGUAAUGGAAACGUCGAUCCUAACGCAGUUGGAAAUUGUAAUAGAACUACUGGAGAAUGUCUAAAAUGUAUUUACAAUACAGCCGGAGAGCAUUGCGAUAAAUGUUUAAGCGGCUAUUUUGGUGAUGCCUUGGAUCAAAAAAAGAAGGGUGAUUGCAAACCUUGCCAGUGCCAUGAGGCUGGUACUAUAGUGAGUGCAGAGGGACCCCCUCAAUGUGACGGUCUUACAGGGUUUUGUUCAUGUAUGCCUCAUGUUAUUGGAAAGAAUUGCGACCAAUGCGAGGAUGGAUACUUUGACAUCAGCUCUGGUGAGGGAUGCCGGGCUUGCGAUUGUAAUUUAGAAGGCUCCUACAAUGGUACCUGUAAUUCUGUCACGGGACAAUGUUACUGUAAACCUGGGAUUGACGGAAUUCAUUGCGACCGUUGCCUUGCUUAUCACUACGGAUUUUCGAGUGAUGGGUGUAAUAAUUGUGAUUGCGAUGAGUGGGGUUCCACUAACUACCAGUGCGAUAUGCUUGGACAGUGUUCUUGCCAACAAAACGUCGAAGGAAGACGUUGCGAUCGGUGUAUGGAAAAUAAGAGGCCACGCACUGAUGGACAGGGAUGUGAAGAUUGUCCGCCAUGUUACAACCUCGUACAAGAUGCAGUUAAUCAGCACAGAAAGGAGCUUAAGGAGUUAGAUAAUAUACUUGGAAAAAUAUCGAAAGCACCAACAGUUAUUGAGAAUGCAGACUUUGAUAAUGAGUUGCAACGUGUGAGAGCUGAGAUAGAUAGACUCGUUCAAGAAGCAGAAGCAGAACUUGGUAAUGGGCCUAGUUCAAGUUUAACUAACAAUUUGGCUGACCUUUCUGAUCGACUCGCCGAUGUCAGAAAUAUGUUGUUCAAGAUCGAAGAUGAGAGUUAUGAAGGUAAUGAAUCUAUAGAAAGAAGUAAAGGCAACGUUUCUAAAGCUGAAGAAACUAUUGAAGCCGCACAAAAAGAAAUAAAUAGUGCAUUAGAGUAUCUUGACGGUGAAGGAGCUGCUGCUUUAGCUAAAGCCCGCAAUAGAUCUGAUCAAUUUGGAAAGCAAUCAGUAGAUAUGUCUGCUUUGGCUAAAGAAUCUCGACUUUUGGCAGAAAAAUUAGAAAAGGAUGCUAGAAAUAUUAGAGACAUAGCUGAAAAAGCAUUAAACACUUCUGUGGCAGCUCAUAUAAUUGCUAAGGAUGGUAUAAAGAAACAAGCAAAUAUAAGCAAUGAAGUGCAAAUUUUGGCCACUGAACUAAAUGCAGCAUCUGGUAAAUUAAGUAGUAUGUCUGAACUUGCUGGACAGGCUUUAAAAAGAGCAAAGACUGUCUACGAUGAGGCAUUGGGUCUCUAUGCUGAAGUCAAUACCACAUUAUUGCCAGACAUUAAACUCAGCAAAUUACGUCAAGACUCCAUGGAAAUGAACAGAACCAUCGAUGAGAAGUCUGCAGAGUUAGAACAGUUAAUAUUAGUAACUGAAGAUACGCUUGAGGCUUUGGAUGUGGAAAUUCGAAGAGGCAAGGACCUGUUAGAACAGGGUCACGACAGACAAGAUGAACUGUAUGAUUUACUUGCAAAAUUGGACCAGUUGCGUGCUCAGGCCCAAAAUGAUGUUGAACUUACUAAAGCUACAUUAAAAGAUGCUAAUGAAAUAUAUAAGACCUUAAAGGAAUUCAGCGAUCAAGUGACGGAAUCGCGACAGCAGGCAGAACAAGCAGCACUAGAUGUUCCCGGAGUUCAGAAGAAAGUAGCUCUUGCUGAAGAAAGCAUCACCAGUAUUAGUGAAGAGCUCACUACCGCCAGUGAUAGGGCCAAAGAGGCUCGGGAUUUAGCUCAGAAGGCGCAAAAAGAAUAUGCUGAUAAGGCCUCUGAGGCAGCACACGAAAUACGAAAAAAAGCCUCAUCAUAUCGAGUGGAGGCUGGAAAACUUCGGGAUGAAGCUGAUAAAUUAUCAACUCGUGUGAAAGGGACGGCUAAUCAGAUACAAGUACUUGAAAAACAAGCUGAUGAAAAUAUGCAGCUUACUAGGGAUGCUAAAAUGAAGGUGGGCCAAGCCAACACUGAUGCUGGAGAAGCUGAGAAACAAGUCUCAAAAGGUUUGGAAGACUUGAAGGUCAUUAUGGAUGAGUUGCAAAAUCUACCAACACUAGACGAUGCUGCGCUCGACAGAUUACAGGAAAGUCUCGACAAAGCUGAAGCUGCCUUACUGGAAGUUGAUUUGGAUGGCAAAAUCAAAUCCUUAACCGAGGCCAAGAAUAACCACCAAAGGUGGAUGAAGCAAUAUCAGGAGGAACAUGAUGAGCUUCGCAGUGAAGUGGACAAUAUCAAGGAUAUAUUGGAUCAGCUACCGGAUGGUUGCUACAAACGGAUCGUACUCGAGCCAACUGAAGGUCCAAGUAGACCCGCCAGCUUUAGAUAG